AGAGGAGAGAAGAGGCUGUGGAGUGAGAGCGGGUAGAGCGUUAGUGGCUCCGGCAGCAGCAACACGUAGUAGACGGUAGCACCGCGACGGGGACGCACGCGUUUCGUUACACGUUGCUUGCUUUGGUAGCCAGUAGAGACUCUCUCUUCGAGCCAGUCCGUUGCUCGGGUCCGGUGGCGCAGCCGCGUUACGCGUGCACAUUUUUUCCCGUAUCUCCGACCGCUACCAGAGAGCAUAGUCACCAACUACACCACCACCACCACCACCACCACUAUCACUGUUACCAUCCGUCUGCGAGCCGCACGACGUUGUCAACACACAUACGGUAAAACGUCAGCAGGACCGCCGAGCACGACCCGCUCGCUCGCCCCCGCCGGCAGAACAUUCCUAAGUUCCGGAACCGAAGCUUUUGUAUCCUCGAAACGGCGCGAGAAUGAAGCUGUGGUGGAGUUUGACGCUGCUGGGUGUCAUCUUGUUGAUGAUCCUCGCCACCGCCAAGGCAGAAUCCGAUCUCUGGGAGGAGGACGACAAGGAGAUCCUCGUGCGGACCGUUCGCGGCACCAAAGAACGAGCAUCCGGCAGCUCUGUAUCGUGCAGAUACGUGAAGGGUCAAUGGUCGGAAUGCGACUCGAAAACCAACACACGGUCCCGUACGCUGAACCUUAAGAAGGGCGACAAGUCCUGCGAGCAGACCAAGACGAUCCAGAAGAAAUGCAAGAAAGCUUGCCGGUACGAAAAGGGCACGUGGAGCGGAUGCGUGAAUCAGCUGAUGACGAGAGUGGACAAUUUGAAGGCGAACAGCGAUGCGUCCUGCGACAAGAUGCGCCGGCUGACCAAGGGCUGUAAACCGGAGACCAACACCAAGAAGAGUACUAAAGGUGAACGAUCGAACAAAAAGUCGGGAAAGCAGUAAGCUGGGAGAGUCGUCGAUCGAUCACUCGAGGUGGUGUCCGGACGUUUCUGUUUCGGCGACAGGCAACGAAAACACAAUCUCUUGUCUCUUCGACGUGAAACUCUACUUUUUUGAAUAAACAAAACGAAUCUAAGGGAAAUAAAAAAAAAAGAAACUACUUGUCUAGCGCGAGCGUAACGAACGAACGAA